UUUUUAAUGACAAAACCCAGCAUAGAAAUACUACUGUAUUUCGUUUGUUUGAGGGUGCAGUCCGGCGUCUCAUCAUUUAGGGCGACGCAAGCUCAAAUUACUAUUUACUAUAGAAAUACCAUUUCAAUAGGUAUGCAUUUUUAAACGCGUAUAUCUCGGAAGAAUCAUGUAAGGGGCGGCAACUAUUGAUUGAGAUGGUAAAUCAUUCUAAAUAGCUUUAUUUAAACCCGUCUUUCUUAAGAAGGUAUCUCCAGUACUGUAUUCCAUUUCUUCAGGAGCGGACCUAUCGCAGGUCGCUAUAUUAUGACGUCACCGGAACAACCAGGAAGUGUAGCGAGAUCUGUUUUUAGCCUUAGCUGAGUUCAUUUAUAAACCGUAUUCAUUUUUUACUGCGUUCGAAAUAUUCGAGUGGAGCGUGCGGAAGGUUCGAAGACUGAAAAACACAAAUCUGGUUAUUUAAGUGUUUUAGCCGGAGUAAUCGUAGACCGACAGGAUGUGUUACACUGAUGUUGCCCGAGUGUUGCUGAGCUGCUGUUCUGUUCCGGUGGAACCAGAGAGGAUAUUUUUUUAAUGAAACUUAAAAUAGGGGACAAAUUUACGGGAAACUUUUAAAUAAGAGGGCGCCGGGAAAGAAGUUCAAAAUACGGGAGUUUCCUUGUGACACAGGAGAGUUUACAGUGUGUCAACAGUCAUGGUGGACGUUGGCGUGAAGAGCGCAGGGACGUGGCUGUGUCAGCCUGAGGGACGCUGUCUGGCCGACGCGGUCCUGACUGUUGACAUCUCUGAGAAAGAUGAAGAGGAGCUGACAGAGGAAAUUUGGAGAAAUCCGAUCCUGUUGGAGCGAGUGGAUGAGGGGUCUCCCUGCGUACUGACUUUGACCUGUAAGCCCGCCUCCCACGCCGCCAUCAUCCGCCUUCUGCUCGUCAGCGAGGCUCGGACCAUGGAGGUGUACCUGCAGACGGGAGAAUACUGCGGUACGGUUCGGGGGCAGCGGCAGGAUGACGUUCAGCAUCCAGACAGAGGGCCGUUCUACAGGAAACAGCUGACCCUGGAGGAGCCGUCAUCAUCAUGUGAUGUCAAGCUUCUCUCCCUGGGGGGACGUGGCAGCUUGAUGUUGUGCGGCAUGGUGGUGGGUCUCCAGGCGACGCAGUCCCGCCCACCGGGCACCAGCAGUGACGGCGCGGUCGAUUUGCAGCGGGUGCAGAAUCUGAUGGAAGGGAUGGGCACCACCCUGUCCCCGGGGGCUCAGAACCUCAUGGAAAUGGUGCGUGUUCAACAGAAGAACCAGACCAGCUAUCUAGACGGCUUCCUGCCUGUCCUGAUGGGGAGGGGCUUUUUGUCUACGCUGGCUGGCGGAGGCCACGCCCCACAGCCCCCACAAAGUCCAAGCGGACCCCUGCCAGAUGACUCCGCCCACCCGAACGGGCUGCACGGUCAAGUCACUGAGGGUAGCGUUCCCGGCACCGCGCUGGCUGAGAUGAUGUCACAGUUUCUGAAAGAGCGGGAACACGGUCAGGUGCCGAGCCCCCACCCCGAGCUCCUGCCCGUGCUCCAGAAGGUGUGCGGUCAGGUGACGCAGCUCAGACUGGACGACGUCAUUGCGGCAAAGGAGAAGACGACGCAAAACGGAGCACGGGAGCUGGAGCGGGCCUUGGAGCGCCGCUUGGAGGAGAUGGAGCGGAGGCUGAAGGAGCACAUGGACCGACGCCUGGAUGCUCUGGAGCAGAAGCUGGAGAGAGCUCUGCUUGGCGCUCCGCAUCAGGGGUCACCCGGCAGUCCGGCAGCAGGAGCGCCGGAGGUGACGGUUCACAGGUCGUAGCUGUGAGGAGGCGGAGUCAAAGAUGUGGACUAACUCCUAAUGGUUUCACUCGUGGAAUAAUGACAACACAGAACCUCUAACCAGGAUAAUUCAUCUCAAACUCAAGAGUCCAAUAACAGUUCUUUUCCUUUGUUUGGGCUCCAUAUGAACUAAACCACAUUGCUUUUAAUGACUGUAACAUUACAAACAAUAUAUUUAUAUUCAUUGAGUAAACAACGCCAGUUCAACCACAA